AUGGACCCGUCCGCAAGACGGGAUCCGGAGCUUGAGCAUUCCGCGGAGAGCGCGCCGCGGGAGCCUGCACCUGCCGAGCCUCGUACGCGUCUUCUUGCGCAUCCCUCCGCAAGCGAGCCCGUCCGCCGCUUCGAGCGGGUGCAGACUCUUCCCCAUCAGCCAGCCGUGCGCCCCUCCUCCCCUGAGUAUUCGUGGGCUCCGGCGCGUGUUGCGUCGAACCGUCCAGACGGUCAGCCGCCGCAGGUGCGCGGGCACUCGCCUCAGCGUCAGCCCCUACGGCAGCCGUCUCCUCGUCGCCCUUCUCCCGCGCGUCGCGAGCAUUAUCAGCGCAGGAAGGGGGAUCAGUGCUCCCCUGAGCGUCCUCGCUCUCCUCGGCGCCCGUCCCCCCGUGGUCGAGCAGGCCCGCGCUCACCCCGAGCGCGAUCCCCCGCUCAACAAUCACCGCGGCGAGCUCCGGCGACGCGGGGGAGGGGGUCGCCUGGGCGUCGCUGGGAAUCGGGUCGCCGCGAGCAGUCCCCUCCGCGUCCGAAUUCGGGUGGUUCCGCUGGGCGGCGGGGCUGGCGGAAUGGCGGAGGGCGCGGCUCAUCUGGCCGCCAGCCGGAUCCUGCUCUUGAUCACGCUGCGAACACUUUCGUGGAUGUGGUGCGGCAGGCCCGGGCGAGCGGGGGGCCGACUCACGUCCACAUCGAGGUGACGAAUGGACCUCCCUUUGCCGCGGAUCCCGGCCAGGUGGCCCCCCUGCGCGCGCCGAUGCUGGCCGAGUAUCUGCCCGCGCGGGUGGGGAGACCCGAGUAUCGCUCCCCUCGUCAGGUUCCAGGCUUCUCCGCUGGGCGCAUGACUGUUGGCCGCGUUCCUGGCUGGUCGGCGUCGUUUCCGCGCGAAGAGCAGACCGCACCUCUCCCCAAUCCCGCGGGGAGAGACCCCAUGCUGACCAUGUGCCGGAUAUUGAAUCUGGCGGAGGCGAGCGAGGUGGUGGCGAGCUUGCAGCUGGCGGUGUGUGGGGCCACCCGGAACUUUCCGAGCAGUUUCGGUCCAGGAUCCCGAGGAUCCUGCGUGACUUUGGCAGAAUCGCUCGAGUCGCCGUUGGCGCCCGUGUCGGAAGCGCCCGCCGGGUCAUCGGCGCAUCUCCUUCUUGCGGUAUCGGCGUGCAUGCGCUCGAUGCUUGAGAUGGAGGGGGCGGAGCCGUACACGAUGUAG